AUGCUGAUCGCGACCCUUCAUCCUUGCAUAGCCAUCUACUCCAUCUACACCUCUCCUAAUCAUGCGCCGAUCCCCAAUCACCUUCCCACCCUCAUUGUCACCCCUUACGGGCAACCGCACCACACGCUAUACUCGUACAUCCAUACAAAUUUCAACAAGGAGACAUAUCUGCUGACCCCAUCACCGCAAGGCGACCUAUGUGUCGCCAAGAUGGUCCCCCCGCAUGGCUCUCGAGGGCCAGGCGGUCCUGGUGCGGUAGCGUCAGACCCAGGCCACUCGUCUGACCCAUCGAGGGACCGAUCGGUGCGGUGCGAAGCGUCUCGGAAUCUCAAGUGGAGCAUCACCAAUACUGGCAUCCACGCGCCGGUUUACAAGCUAACGCUUCCAAAUCCGGACGCGCCUGGCAACGAGCAGCCGCUCUUCCAGGUCUCCAAGCCAAAUCCGAAUGCAAAUUGGUGGACACUGUUCUACUUUACUUACGCUGGGCAUCUCAUUCCUCCGAAGCGGAUCGAGUUUGGCAAGAUUCAGAGGAACUCUGGCGGUGGCGGAGGAGGGACGCGGGUGACCAUCACGGGAAAGUCACCAGAGGAGAAAGCCGUGUGGCAAACGCUGGGCGAGGGGAACGAAGACAUGGUGGAAUGGAUUGUGCUGUGUGCUGCGUUGAACGUGCUUGAUGAAGAGAUUAUAAAGGCAGCGGAAAAGUCCGGCGGUGCAGCAGCAGGCAAGCCAGCGGGCGCAGUGCCUUCGAGCCGACCGAGUGCGAAUGCGCGGGCACCUGGCCUGACACCAACGAACGGCCCCGUCCCACGCAACGCUGGUCCAGCGCCAAUCUCGAACGCGCCGCCAACCAAUUACCAAGGGAGAGUCAUCAUGAAUGGCGGCGGCAACAUGCGGCCGCCCAUGCAGGGAAUGCCAGCGAGAGGCCCCUCGCCGAAUGCAUAUUCAGGCUACGGCAGUCCGCAAGCUGCUCCGCAGGUGAUGCGAGGACAGGGCGGCCCGGGUGCUGUACGGCCUCCUCCACCUCAGGGCGGCGCGCCGUACGGCCAGCCGCCUGCAGGAUACGGCCAAAUGCAAGGCGCCGGCCAGCAAGGCUACCGCCCACCGCCCAACAACCAGGGCUACCCGCAGCGAGCUCCUCCAGGCGGACAGGGAGGGUACCCUGUCAGACCGAUGCCAGCGCCACAGCAGCAGCAGCAGCAGCAAAGUGGUAUGGUGAAUGGUAGGAGAUUUUGA